UGUAAUUUGAGAGCAGAGAGAUCCUAGGGAUAGCAUUAGCCAAAAGCAAAGCUCCACAUUACCAGUCCAGAUGUGAAAGAAAUAGUAGCAAAGAGCUCAGUCUGGGGCUCCGGAGACAUCUGAUCUCAGCCUUCCUCUGCACCCCCUCGGCUUUGCUACAUUUCAUCGGCAAGAGAGAGGAGGGGGAAGGGGAAAAAAAGAAGAAAGUCACAAAGUUUUGCUUGAGCCCUGGAAAAGGGGCGGGGGGGGAUCCCCGACGUAAGUCAGGGCAGUAGGGGAUCUUCCAGGGGAUCUCCUCUGGCUAGGGAGCCUUGGAUACAAUUUGGAGCCAAGUCAGUGCCUUUAAUGAAGCAUGCUGAGUCUGUGAGGAGUGGCUGGAGGAAGCGGACUGCCUUUGCUGCUGCGGCUCCCUAAGCUGCCCUGAUCAGGGGGGUAGCCGGGCAGGGUCGUGUGCGCGUGUUUGCUCUCUCGGACCAGCCGAUCUCUCUGCGCCCCUUCCGAGCCCCUCUGGCUCACUCCCGCUCCCGGGAUGCUGGGGCUGCGCUUGCUGUGGGUCAGCUGCCUGGGCAGCCUGUGCCGAGGCUAUUUCGAUGGUCCCCUGCACCCGGAGAUGUCCAACGGGACUCUGCACCACUACUUCGUGCCGGACGGCGACUACGAGGAGAACGAUGACCCAGAGAAGUGCCAGCUGCUCUUCAGGGUAAGCGAGCACCGGCGCUGCAGCCUGGGCGGGGAGCAGGGGCCAGUGGGCGGCGGGCCCAGCCUCUCCCUGCGGGAGGAGUUCACCAUCCUGGGCCGGCAGGUGGAGGAUGCGGGCCGGGUGCUGGAGGGCAUCAGCAGGAGCAUCUCGUACGACCUGGAUGGGGAGGAGAGCUACGGCAAGUACCUGCGCAGGGAGUCCCACCAGAUCGGCGACGCCUACUCCAACUCCGACAAGUCCCUGGCUGAGCUGGAGAGCAAGUUCCGGCAGGGCCAGGAGCAUGAGAGCAAGGAGGAGAGCCGCCUCAAUGAUGACUUCCAGGCCAUGCUCGUCCACACCCGGGCCCUGCUCACGGAGACCUUGGACAUCUCCGCAGGGCUCCGGGAUAAGUAUGAGCUGCUCUCCUUAACUGUCAGGAGCCACGAUGCCAGGCUAAACAGGCUCAGGAACGAGUAUCUCAAAGGGUGAUGCCUGUGGGGCAGCAGAGACCUGGCCAUUGGGUUGGGAAACAGUUUCUUGUGGUGGCUACUAGCAGUAAGCACAGGCGUCCCAGCUGGGGGCUUCUCCUUGGAGGGGAAGUGGCAAUGACAAAACCAAGCCAAACUUACAAGCCUGGAGUCACCUCGGUGCCCAUCAUGGCGAGGGGGACUCUGCUUUUCACCAUGCUCUUUGCAUUCACCCAUGGGCCUCUCCCUGCCACAAAUUAUAGGACCCAGGUACAAGACAGUGGAGAAUCAGGCAGGUUGGUGAGCGUUUGCUGGCAGGACUUGUCCCAGUGAAGUCCUGCAGGUAACUGCUUAACACCAACAGGAAGGUUGCAGUCUGGCCCUGCAUGGUGCCGAACAUUCCGAUCAGCACAAAAUGAGGGACUCCCCCCAUAAAAUCUUGUUUAGAUUAAAUAUAGAAAAAAAAUUAAAAGCAAAUAUCAGUUAAUGGGGAGAUUUAGUACAUUGCUGUGACAGUGUUAUUAAAGGGUAAAUAUCAUGGGCCUGCUACUCUACUUGCCUUGCACUUCUGUCCUCACUCUACACCUAUGCAAAGUAAGUAUAAAAUGCUGCCACAGAGUCUGCCACCUUUACUGAUGGUGAGUAGCAGCACCUUGUUCCAGAAGACACUCUGUUGAUUUCAAAAUAAUAAGCUUACUUACAGAGUAAGGUGCUACUCAGUAGAAGUAAAGGUGCUGUAACCUGCCCUUUGCUAGCAUUUUACAAGGACUUUGCAUAGAUAUAAAACGGCUGCACAAGAUACCAAACAGCAGAGGAUCAGGCCUUCUUUUUUUCAAAAUAGGUCCUAAUUGCAGUUUAAUAACACGUGAAGUGGGUUCUGAAGUUCUGUAGAUUUUAUUAUGUACCUCCCACUAACACACAACUUUCUUUCUGGGACUGUAUUUAUAAGAUUUGAUUUCUGGUUUAUUUUUUUUUAAAGUUAUGGGUUGUAAAUUGUAAACAACUAGCACAUGUAUAGGAAGCUGAAGUUUAGAGGUAUGUUUAAAUUAAGUGUCCCAAUAUUUAAAAAAAAUACCCUGUAUUAUAUUGUGCAUCUCUAAUUACAAUAAAGUAACCUUAUCAUUUUA